AUCUUAAUGAGUCGUCUUCUCUAUGUCUAAGCGACUCGUGCCACAGUUUGUCAGAAGCUUCAGUGUCGGCGCCAUUCCAUUUUUAGGUCAAAGUAUGACCUAUCAAGUGACGGAGGAUGAUUCCACUGAUGAAACAAAACCAGAUACCCAACAGCGAACCGCAAAGCCCGAAUCCAAUGAUGAAAACCUUCAGGAAAAUCUUGAUCUACCAUCGACUCCAGUGUUUGCUCGAAGCAAAAGUGAUUUGAACAUGGCCAACAACGACACGAUCAGUAAUUCCCCCACAACAUCGAGCGGAUACGUUGAUCCUCGCACUUUGGGCUACUCGUCGACUAGAAUGGUUCCUAUGGCAAGACCACUACCAGACAGGACGCGCAGAGCAGUUUCGAUUCUCCCACCUGUUCCCCCAAGGUCUUCUAGAGACUCGGAUAUAAUAGCACACCGGAGAGCCAAUUCAGAAUCCAACCCGUACGACAUUUCGAAAAGUAUCGCCGAAUCGGCCAUGGACAUCUCCUUGUUGACAGCCAAUGCCAAUCAGCUGAGACUGCUCAUAACCUACAACCAAGGAUCACAGACAUAUUUGGCAUGCAUAACAUUUAUCAUUAUGUCAUUGGUCCUUCAAAUGUUGGUCGCCGUUACCAUGAUCAUUGUUUCCUUGAUGAAACAAAGCCUCAGAGAAACGACUCGCCAAAAGCUGAAAAUCAUCACUUCCGUAGGGGUGGCAAUCAUAACUAUGAUCAAUAUACUUGUGGCAUCGCUUGUGGUAGCAGAAGCGCCUAACGUGAUCCCAAUGACGACCAGUGCCGGCACUCUGAUGAUGAUGGAAACCAUGCCGACAACCUUCACUGCCGCUAGUACAACUUCCAUGCCUCCCACGACCAGUAGUGGUACCAUUGGUAUCAGUACCAGCACUGUUAGCAGCACGGUGGAAACAUUGUUGGACGGUGGCUUGACUACUUUAGCAGCAAGUUUGCUUACUAACGUGACCGGAACGUGA